AUGGCCGAGACGGCUGCGCAGUGCUUUAUUAUCAACCCACCACAUCUGAUGGUGCCUGAAGAAGAUAAGAAGGUACAGAAGGAUCCAUUCAUGGUUAACCACAUCGCUCAACGCUUUAAGGGUUUACCCUUCUUUCAAUACAGAAUGAUGUUUCUUGGAGCGUUGCUCGCCGUCACUUUUGUUCUUCCUGGUUUUUUCACUGGUCUGAUCUGGGGACUGUACCUGUCCUUCAUCGGAUUCCUGUACUUCUUUGUGUCAGAGCCUCGCCCUACGAUCGAUCGUCAUCCAUCGCUUGCCACCGGCGAGGAGCCGGUACCUGUCGAAUUCACCUUGGAACAAGGAACCGAAGCAAGCAGUGCAGAAGGGAAUGCUUUGGGCCUUGGAGAGGGCAUUAUCUAUCGAGUA